AUGUUAAUGAAUUUUGUUUUUAAAAGUAAACCUGAUUGUCCUGGUGGUGGCGAUGAAUCACCAUUAUGUAACAAUGAUCAAUGUUCAAUUGAUAAUGGUGGUUGUAGUCAUACAUGUCAUCGAUCACCAUUUGGUGCUUUAUGUCUUUGUCAACCAGGUUUUCGUGUACGAAAUACAACAAAUUAUAAAAAAUGUGAAGAUAUCGAUGAAUGUACAGAUGAUCCAAAUACAUGUCAUCAGUAUUGUUUAAAUACAAAUGGAAGUUUUGUAUGUUCAUGUGCCGAAGGUUUUAUAUUGCAAACAGAUGGACAUAGUUGUAAAAUUAUUAAUGAAACUGGUAUUCGUUUAUUAACUGUGCGUCAAGCAACAAUGGAAUGGUUUUCACCAACAUUACAAACCUAUGGUCAAAUUAAUCUUGGUCCUAAUAUGCGUUAUAUAGUUGCAUUUGAUAUUGAUAAUCGAACGAAUACAUAUUUCUGGUCUGAUUUAGUAACAAAUAUAAUCUAUAGUCGUACGGAAAGAGCAAAUAAUUAUACUAAACUUAUUACAAGUGGUAAUAGUUAUAUAGCUGAUAUGGCAUUUGAUUGGAUCGGACAUAAUUUAUAUUGGACAGAUUAUAUGCUUGAACAUGUUGAAGUUUCAACAUUUGAUGGCCGUUAUCGUCGAAUAUUAUUUCAUGAAAAUUUAACAAAUCCAUGGUCAAUUACUGUUGAUCCACGUGCUGGUUUACGAUAUUUAUUUUUAACUGAUUGGGGUAAAAAUCCACGUAUUGAACGUGCUAGUAUGGAUGGUCAACAACGUGUUAGUAUCGUUAAUGAUUCCAUUGAAAUGCCAGUUGGUUUAACACUUGAUUUAAUACGUCAAGAAAUUUAUUUUACAGAUCAUCAUUUAAACUAUAUUGAAGUUGUUAAUUAUGAUGGUGAAAAUCGACGAAAAAUUUUAGGUAAUACACAUUUUCUACAUGGACCAAUAUCAAUCAAUGUUUAUGAACAAUAUCUUUAUUGGUAUGAUUCAAAUUCCAAAGAAGUAAGACGUUUAAAUCGUUUUGAACAUGGAAUAAAAGCACAGAAACAUGAGAGAAUUAUGUCAAGAGCAGGAGUAAUUUCAAUGAAAAUGUCACAUCAAAUCUAUCAACCAUAUGAACCAAAUCCAUGUCAACAAUCUCGUUGUACACAAUUAUGUCUUCUUUCUCAUACUGCACCAUUAGGCUAUACAUGUGCAUGUUCAACUGGUUUCCUUCUUGACCAAGAUCAAAUUACAUGUUCAAAAGAUCAUUCACCGUUUAUUAUUUAUAUGAGACGUGAUACAAUUAGUGGUAUUAGUGUAAGACAUAAUCAACAAUAUAUUGAUGAAAAUUCAAAUUAUGAUGAUUAA